CAAAUUCCGUUAUCUGCAAAAUUCCGUUUCCGAGCGCAAAGAUAACGACAAGUGAUUCUCUUUAUCAUUGCUGGAUUUACUAAAUAGUAAAAAUCUAUUUUCUGAACAAUAUAGAUCUAGGCUUUAGCUAAGGAUCGCUAUUUUCCUUUAUGGUUUUAGUAAUACAUUAAUAGAUGUAGAGUUCUCCUUAAACCAUAUACUAUAAAUCUAAGUAAAUAUGUCAGAAACGUAGAGUUGCAAAAUAUAUUUCUACAAUGAAUCGGUGUUAAAACGUUCAUUAAUAAAAUGUCAGAUAAUCGUUAUAUCCCUCUACCACAAAGUGCUGGUUAUGCUGUGGUCGUUGGUUUAGGAGGUGUGUUUGCUUUUGGUAUGAUGCUUAUAACAUAUGUCUUAAGAAGAUACAAUCGAGAAAUUAUGACUGCUGAAGAAUUCGCUACUGCUGGUAGGUCUGUUAAAACAGGUUUAAUUUCGGCAGCUGUUGUUUCUUCUUGGACUUGGGCAGCCACAUUAUUAACUUCAACCACCAUUGUAUAUGACUACGGUAUUUCAGGUGGAUUUUUCUAUGCUGCAGGUGCAACUGUUCAAAUAACAUUGUUUGCAUGUUUGGCUAUCAAAGGUAAAGAAAGAGCUCCUGGAGCUCAUACAUAUUUGGAAAUUGUUAAAGCAAGAUAUGGUACAUUAACUCAUUGUAUCUACAUUUUCUGGUGUUUAGCUACCAAUAUUUUAGUCACCACUAUGUUAUUAACUGGUGGUUCUGCUGUAGUAAAUGAUUUAACUGGUAUGAAUACGGUGGCCGCUUGUUUAUUAUUACCUUUAGGUGUUCUUUUAUAUACAUUAUUUGGUGGUAUUAAGGCUACUUUCUUAACUGAUUAUGCUCAUACUGUUGUUUUGGUAGUUAUUAUAUUUGUAUUUGCCUUUUCAACUUUUGCAACCAAUAGUCAAUUAGGUUCUCCAGGUAAAGUUUGGGAAAUUAUAACUGCUUUAGGAGAGACUAAUCCAGUUGAAGGUAAUGCUGGAGGUUCAUAUUUGACCUUGAGAUCUAAAGGUGGAGGAAUUUUCUUUGUUAUUAAUAUAACAAGUGGAUUUGGUACUGUCUUUUUAGAUAAUGGUUAUUUUAAUAAAGCAAUUGCUGCAAAUCCAAGAGCUGCUUUACCAGGAUAUGUUUGUGGUUCAUUAGCUUGGUUUGCUAUACCAUGUUUAAUAUCAGUAACAAUGGGUUUAGCUGGUUUAGCCUUACAAGAUACUCCAUCUUGGCCAACGGCCCAACGUUUAACUCCAGCUCAAGUAUCAGCAGGAUUGGUAUUACCUAAUGCUGCAGUUGCGCUUUUAGGUACUGGGGGUGCAGUUGCAUCUUUAUUAUUGGUAUUCAUGGCAUGUACUUCUGCCUUUUCAGCGGAAUUGAUUUCCGUUUCUACUAUUUUCACUUAUGAUAUCUAUAGAGGUUAUAUUGAUCCUAAUGCAGCUGGUCAAAGAUUAAUUUGGGUUUCUCAUAUUACUGUUAUUAUUUACACAUAUGUAAUUGCAGGAUUUGCUAUUGGAUUAUACUAUGCUGGAAUUUCAAUGGGUUACUUAUUUGAAUUGAUGGGUACUAUUGUUUGUGGAGGAGUUUUAUCAGCUUCUUUAACAUUAUUAUCUAAGCAUCAGAAUCAUGCUGCAGCAACUUGGACUCCACCAAUAGCUACUGCCUUGGCUGUUAUGUCAUGGUUAGUGGUAACUAAGGUUAAAUUUGGAGCAAUUAACGUUAAUACUACCUAUGAAGAUAUAGCUAUGAUGACCGGAAAUGUUGUUGGUUUAUUAUCUCCUAUAGUUAUUAUUCCAGUAUUAACUAUUAUAUUUAAACCUCAGAAUUUUGAUUGGGAGAUAUUGAAAUCCAUUAGAAGAGUUGAAGAAGAUGAAGAAAUACUGAAAGCUAUACGAAAUGUAGAUAGUAAGAAAGGUGACAUUGAAGUCAAUAUUCAUCCGGUUAAAUCUCAAAUCAGUAUUAUUGCUAGUGAAAUAGCGGAAAGAAACUACACGCAAUUAGAAGAAGAAGAGCAAUUAUUGGCUAAAUCUUAUAAGAAGGCUGUUGUGAUCUGCAGUGCUUUAACUCUAUGUCUUUUAAUUCUCUGGCCCAUGCCAAUGUAUGGCUCUUCUUAUAUCUUUUCCAAGCAAUUCUUUACUGGCUGGAUAGCUGUCCUUUUUAUCUGGAUGUUUUAUACUGCUUUCAUGGUAGUAGUAUAUCCAAUUUGGGAGGGAAGGGAAGCGCUAUAUACAACUUUCAGAGGAAUUUAUUGGGAUUUGACGGGUCAAACCUAUAAGUUGAGAGCAUGGCAAGAGGCUAAUCCUGAGAAGUUACAUGUUGUUCAAUCACAGAUAGCGGCUCAUAUGUUAGCUAGUAGUCAAUCAAGAGGUCAAAUCGUUUAUGAAGGUACAACUCCUUCGGGAGGAACACUAACUCCCACGGGUAUUGAUGAGAAGUUAGCUAAAGAGUAUUAGAUAGAUUUAUUCAUACAAGGCAGCUUUAUUUAGUUCGUUUCUAUUAAAUAUAUCAGAUUAAUGUCUUUAACUUGUAUUC